AAACAAAAGAAAUGUAAGAAUUGUAGCUUCACAAAAUCAAGAAUUUCAAUGGGAAUACCCAAAUCUAAAACAUGGGUUUUAUUCCCCUUCAUCAAUCUCAUUAAAAUCUUUCUACUUUUCACCAUUUUCAUCACAAAAUCAACCUCAAUUCCAUACUCAAAAUACUGCAAUAAUAUAGUUCAAGAAACACAAGCAACACAAACACAAUUACCAACAAAUAAUUUCCUACAGUUAAAUAAAGCUGUUUACAGCUUAGGGUUUCAAAAUCCCCAAUUCAAUUUCAAUCCCAAUUCAUCUCAAACUGUAUCAUUUACAACAUUAAAAGUUUACAAAACAAAAUCAGAAAAUAUUGUUAAAGUUGAUUCCUUUCUUAAUUUAAAUGGCCCAGAAAUUCUUGAUUAUUUUUCCGGGGAGAUUUCACGGCGAGGGUUGCGGCUGGUUAAAGUUCGGCCACCGCGAUUUAUGCCUAGUCAGAAUUCCGGAGCUGGGUUUCGGUUAUCCGGGUUUUGGGAUUCGGGUUCUGGGAAGUUAUGUAUGGUUGGUUCAGGAUCUGUAAGUGCUUUAAAUUCUGUUGAUGUUGUUUUUAAUUUGAAUUAUCCAAAUUAUACUGUUCUUGAUACUAGUUUAAUUAAUGGUACAUUGCAAUGUGUGACGGAUUCGCGGUCGGGUUUUAAGCCUGUUUCAAUAUUGGGUGUUUCGGGUAUGGGGUAUAGUUUUAGUUACAUUGAUAAAGAGAGUAAAGAUGGUGGCUUUAGUGGUUAUGAUGGUAUGGAGAAUGUUUCUUUAAGUUUGCCUGAUGCACAAAUGGUUAAUGGGAGUGGGAUAUGUUCGGUUAUAACAUGGGGUCUUAGGUUUGAGUUGGAUUAUAGUAGCUAUGACUGUAAGAAUGUUUCGUGUAGCUUUGGAACGGUUGGUGAUGAAACGUUUCCCCGGUUUAUGUCUAUUAAAGUUGUGGAUUGUUUGGAGGAUGGGAAAGUGAGGUACAUUUUGCAGUUUUCAAAUUCGAGUUUUGAUAAAGGGUUGUCGUUCUAUCCACUUACUAGUUUGAUUGCGGAAGGGAAAUGGGACAAGGAGAAAAAACGGCUUGCAUUGGUUGCUUGCCAAUUGUUUGGUAAAUGGGAUCUUAGUGGGUGUUCGAUUAGGGUAGCUUUUAGUUUCCCUUUGACUUUAAGUUUGAAACAUAGGAGUAGUAUCGUCGGGAAGAUGUGGAGUACAAAAACUAAGAAUCUUGGUAAUGUUUCGUUUUACAGUCCAGCAAAUCUAAACACGAGGCUUAAAGAUUCGUCCUAUGAGUAUCUAGAAUUUGAAAAGGUCGGAAGUUUGUGCAAAAAGAGUAUCGACAGUAAAGGGAAGAAAGGGACUUACCCUGAUGAGAAAUCUCCAAACUUGAGAUUUGACAUGUUGGUGAGAAACAAGAAAGGUCAAAUGGCGUAUGGCUAUGCAUCUCCUUUGUACAUAAGGGACAGAUUAUACUCCCCUUUUGCCAAGAUUGAGUCUGAAUCUGAAUGGAAGCCAAGAAACGGGCAUGUAAAUGUUAGCUAUGUUAUGAGCUUCACGACCCGUGAUGAAUUUAAGUCUGGUGGUAAAGCUCCCGCAUCCAAGAUGAUUGAAAUAUCUGCUGAAGGUGUGUUUAAUACCAAAAAUGGAGUUGUAUGUAUGCUAGGUUGUAAGCAUAUGCCGUACGAGAAGUUCCAGAGGAAUGGUUCGUUAGAUUGUGAACUUGUGAUCAACGUCAACUACUCACCAUUGAACGGAAAAGAUGCAGGAAUGGUUCAUGGGACUAUUCAAAGCAUGAGAAAGAAAUCUGACCCUCUUUACUUUGAACCUCUUGAGUUUGGUACUAGCUCCAUAACAACCAUCCAAGCACGGGAAUCGAUAUGGAGAAUGGAUUUGGAGAUAACCAUGGUUCUGAUCUCCAACACACUUGCCUGCAUUUUUAUCGGUUUGCAACUUUUUCAUGCUAAGAAGAAUCCUGAAAUCCUUCCUUUUAUAUCUGUUGUCAUGUUGGUUGUUCUCACUUUAGCUCAUAUGAUACCGUUAGUACUCAAUUUUGAAGCCAUUUUUAUGUUGAACCGAAAACAAAGUCUAUUUCUUGGUACUGAUCAAUGGCUAGAAGUUAACGAGGUACUGGUUCGUGUCAUUACAAUGGUAGCCUUCCUUCUACAGUUUCGUUUGCUUCAACUCACUUGGUCAUCAAGAAACGAUGACUUGAGCCAUCAAACCCUUUGGGUAUCUGAUAAAAAGGUUAUUUGUGUAUCGUUACCAUUAUAUAUCAUCUCUGGUCUCAUUGCUUGGUUAACACACUCUUUACAAAGUUCUCACACAAAAACACACUAUCUUGGGCCACGACAAUUUCACGCACACGAGACUUUCUGGGAUGAGCUCAAAUCUUAUGUUGGUUUAGUUCUGGAUGCAUUCUUGGUACCUCAGAUUAUGUUCAAUCUGUUCUCCGACACCCAUGAAAUGGCUCUUGCUCCCUCGUUUUAUAUUGGGUCAACCAUGGUCCGUUUGUUGCCUCAUGUCUAUGAUCUUUAUAGAACACAUAGUUCUUCUUGGUUUUACGACAAGAUAUAUGCGAACCCUGGGAUGGAUUACUAUUCAACGAUGUGGGAUGUUUUUAUAUGUUGCGGUGGAACGAUUUGCGUUCUUGUAGUUUAUGUGCAACAACGAUUUGGAGGGCGAUCCUUGUUUCCGAAAAGAUUUAGGGAUAGUGUUUUGUACCAGAAGGUACCUGUUACUACUAGAGAACAGCAAAUUUUCUGAGCUCAUUUGGCUGAUGAGUAUAUGUUUUCAUUUGGUGGUUGUAAAGAAAAGUCUUUUAGGGGUAUUUGCCCAAUCAGUUCAUAUGUGUAGUUCCUGAAUUUUGCAACAAUUUACAAUACAAACGACAAUAUUAUGUAGCCACUUUCAGUUA